UCCGGUGGAUGGACCGGAUCAUGUCCUGCCGCAUCUGCGGCCUCGCGCGCGAGCAGCCGCGCUCCGAGCUCCUCGGCAUGGUCGGCUGGGCCCCGCCGUCCGAUGAUCGGCGCGGCUUCGUGGCCACGAUGCUGCGGGACAGCCACCGGCGGCACCUCUCGAAGGUGGCCCGCAGGAACGCCGCGCCCGGCCACGGCGGAGCCAAGAGGAGGAGGCCCGACUCCGCCUGUGCGGGCGGACGGCCGGAGGAGCUGGCGGAGUGGUUUCAGGCGCCGGUGGGCCGCACCACUGUCUCCCGCAGCCUGCUGGAGCUGCGGGACGCCCGGGUGGCGCAGGCAGAGGUUCGGGCGCGGAGGCUGUGCACGCGCUGGGUGCACGCGCCGAGCGUGCGCGCGGCGCCCUCGCCGGACGCCGCCGCGGAGGGGGGCGGCGAGGAGGACCCCUUCGAGGGCCCCGAGCUGGGCACCGAGCACAGGGCGUCCAUGGCGAGUCCUUCUUGGGCCAGACGCCGCAGCAGCUUCUGAGGGCUCGCUUCCCGGCGGCGUGGCGGGCGGGGGCGCGGCGCGAGGAGAGA